GAGGCCCUUAAUAUGCUCAAAAACUCUUGAAAAUUGGCACACACCUUGGAAUCUGUGGCCAUUAGGGCCGGGCAGAAACUGGUACAUGGACGUGGCAUGGGGACUCUACAGCGCCCCCUGGAAUUUGGAGGGUCAUAUAUCACACAAACUUGCACUUACACAAAUGAAACUCAGUACACAUAUAGAACUCAUCAAGUUGAACAACUUUCACACUCUAUGUCAUUAGCUAAUCCCAACAGGAAGUUGGUUAUUCUGGAUUUUGUCAAAAACGCAUGCUCUGGAAUUUGAUAUACUAGUCCUAGGUUUUUUACCCAAUUGCCACCAAACUCGGUCAACCUGAUCUCAAGACAUUGGGGAUGAAAAAUUGUGAGGGGAUUUUUGAUAUCUCGAACGGUUUGGCCGUGGCGAGGCGACGAAAUUAUGGCAAGAAAUGAGAAACAGGAAAUGGCUAAGAACUACUGCACACAUUUUCUGAUUCUGAUGAAACUUCAGGAGUUUGUUCAUUCUGUGAUGCCAAUCACAUAGAUGUGACUAUCAGGAGACAAAGUUAUAGCGCCACCAACUGGCAGCAGGUAGUGUGUCGUUUUCAAAAUGCUUUUAAAUCAGCCUCUUAAUUUUACUCAAUUUGCUUCAGACUUCAUCAGAAUAAUGUCAAAACACGGCCGAUGACAAUCUGUAAAGGGAUCGUGGAUACAUUAAAUGCUGUUGCCAUGGCAAUGUGUCAAACUUUAACAUUUGUUUCCUGUUUUUUUGGGCCACUUAAUAAGCUUAGAUUUUCAUGAAACUCAACACAAACAUCAGUAUUAAUGAUAGUUAGACACUAGCAAAGGCUCAUAAAUGGGCGUGGAGGAGGCGCUCUAUAGCGCCACCUUUUGCCAAAAGUUGGGGGGUUAGUUUUAGCUACAGACACCAACAUUGGUAUGUAUAUUGGUCUCAUUAAGCCAGAUAACUUUCUAAUUUACACCCAUUAGCUGCAACCAACUGGAAGUCUGCUAUUUUGAUUUGAAUGAGGAUUUUUGGAAAAAUCAGGCUAUAAACAAAUUAAUACUCCUCCAAGCAGGAAUAAGUAGUCCACACCAAACUUUGUCAACAUGAUGCCAACAUACUGAAGAUGUUAAAUUGCGAGCGGAUUUGGAAUAUCUUGAACGGUUGAUUUAUAGUGAUUGUUUUUAAAUUAGCAGAAAAAACAUAACCGUAAUAUUAAAAUGCAGCAUCCAAACACUUUUAAAAAAAAUUCAUACGUAGAACUAAUCAUUCUGAGAAAUAAAUGCUUAGUUCCAUCGAUAUAAAAUAAUCAACAAAAAAUAGAAAAUUAAAAAACUAUUAAACAUCUGCUCUCACUCUAACUCUGUGUCGGGGGAUGGGCUUAAGUCUGUGUAUGUGUGUGUGUAAGUGUGAUUGGGGGUAGCUGAGUGGCUGUGUGUGUGUGUGUGUGAGAGAGAGAGAGAGAGAGAGACUGAGAGAGACAGAGUGCCUUUAAAGUGCAUUAUCCUAACUCUUCACAACUUUUUACAUAUGAAAAACAAGUCAUUCUAAGGAAAUGUGUUUAUCACGUUUUCAGAGGCUGCAAAAACAUUUGAAAUAUCACACUUGUAAACUAGCUGAUGAAGACUGUAAUACCAAGGAUGAACACAAGAUGACCUCAUAGGAUAAGGAAUCUUUUCAAUUCUAAUCCUAUCUCAUCCUCAUUGUGUCAGAAUGACUUAAAAGCAUUUUGAUUUUAACCCUUUAAUUGCUGUGACACUUCAAUCCAAACUGGUACAGGGAUACUGUUAAUGCAUGUGCCCGCUGGGCACCGUUUUUCUGAUGGCACCAGGGUUGCGGAUGCACUGGCGGCAAGGGCCCGUCAUCGCUGCUUGCAUCUAUAUUUAUUAUUAUUAUUAUUAUUAUUAUUAUUAUUAUUGUACAUAAAACGUACAACUAUAUUGAGUGAAUUAAGUGAAGGGAAGGAUGGGUUAAGGCAGUGUUUCUUAAAGUGUGGGGCGCGCCCCUCUGGUGGGGAACAGAGACGUGACAAGUGGGGCGCGAAAUACAGGGGGACUUUUUUGUUUAUUCAUUUAUUUUUUUUUUAUUUGUGUUAUUAAAUUUAUUAAUUCAUUUAUUUAAUUACCAUACACCCAAAACAAAACAAAGACACAUUUAAACGUAAUUCUAAAUUAAAACAACAUCAGCGAACGAAUGGCACUGAAAAUGUCACGUGGAACCACAGUACUUUACGACAGUGAUUUUACGUCGGAGUAAUUGAAGCGGAAUGAUUAAAUGUGGAGAGGCGGUACACAGUUGCAGGUAUAAUUAAAAUGGAUAGGUUUGUUACGCGGAACGAAAAGAAAACUGGAGAUUCGGCGCCGGCAGAGAAAACCAAGACAGACAGUAGACCUAAUCAUCAAAAAGGCCAACCAAAAAGAAAAUAUGAUGAGGCAUAUCUUGCUCUUGGAUUUACAGCUGGUGUGGUGGGGGCAGAUGAGAGACCUGUAUGUGUUCUGUGUCUCAAAACUUUAGCUGCAGACAGCAUGAGACCCAACAAAUUAAGACAGCAUUUAGAGACAAAACAUCCCAAACACAUGAAUAAACCGCUUGACUUCUUCCAAAGAAAACUCUCGGAAUAUCGUCAACAGGAAAGUCGAAUGGUAAAAUCUACCUCAGUUAAUAAAAAUGCACAGAUGGCUUCUUUCAAAGUUGCGUACAGGAUUGCCCAUUGCAAGAAACCACACACGAUAGCUGAGCAGCUCAUUCUCCCCGCUGCUCUUGACAUGGUGUCAGUUAUGCUGGAUGAGACGAGUGCUGCCAAAUUGAAAACUAUACCCCUGUCAAACGAUACCGUUGCAAAACGUAUAUGCGACAUUUCAAAUGAUCUCGAGGACCAACUCGUGGAAAAACUAAGAGACACACGAUUUGCACUGCAAGUAGACGAGGCUACUGUCAGCAAUCAAGAUUGUUUGUUUAUUUCAUAUGUCCGUUUUGUAUGCUCUGAGUCACUGAGAGAGGAUUUGCUGUUUUGCAAGUAUGUCCAAACCAGGGCGACGGCUGAUGAACUCUUUAAGAUUCUUGACAGUUAUCUCACAGAACAUGGUCUGAAAUGGGAAAACUGUAUAGGCUUUUGUUCUGACGGUGCUCAGACGAUGGCAGGAAAAAGAAAAGGACUGCAAGCACUUAUAAAAAGGGUCGCCCCAGAAGCGCAAUGGACACACUGUGUUUCACAGGGAAGCUCUGGCAUCAAAGCAUCUCAGCCCCGAACUUAACGACGUCUUGACUGUCGUUGUGAGCGCAGUCAAUUUCAUCAAAACCCGGCCCCUGAAAGCGCGACUGUUCUCCGCACUUUGUGAAGAGAUGGGAGCUGAUCAUACAGCCGUGUUAUUUCACAGCGAUGCAAGGUGGCUGUCCCGUGGCAAAGUGUUGUCGCGAGUUUUUGAGCUUAGAGCGGAGAUUCUGGCUUUCUUGGAAGCGGAACGUGUGUAUGACAUUUCAGGCAAGUUCAGGGAUGAACAAUUUCUAAUGAAACUGGCCUAUCUUAGCGAUCUAUUUGGAAAGCUAAACGAAUUAAAUCUUCAGCUUCAAGGCAAAGACAAGCACCUACCUCACCUAGCAGACAAGAUCACUGCAUUUAUCCGAAAGCUUGAUGUAUGGGGCAGGCACCUUGAUGAAGGAAAUACUGCUGCCUUUGAGAAUCUGCAUGAAAUUUCUGAAACCAGUACCUCCGGAGCCACCACAGUGAUCCCUUGUAUCAAACUGCACAUCUCUACAUUGACACAAUUGUUUCAAAAAUACUUUCCAAACAACAGCAUGCAGUAUGACUGGAUUAUCGAUCCAUUUAAUACACCAGCACCUGCAGAUUUCAGCUCUGCAGAAGAGGACCAAUACUUGAGAUGACGAGUGACUCCACUUUUAGGCUGAGGUUUCCAGCUCAGACACUGAGUGAAUUCUGGCUUGGAGUGGAGAAAGAGUAUCCACUCAUUGGGCAGAGGAGUCUGGCCAUUCUUCUUUUUGCUACAUCCUACCUUUGCGAGAUCGGAUUUUCAACUGUUGCUUCACUGAAAACAAAAUACAGAUCUCAUCUUAGAAUUGAGCAUGACUUGAGAGUGGCAGUAUCAAGCCUUCAACCUCGUUUUGAAAACAUGUGUGCUACAAAACAGGCUCAUUGCAGCCACUAAAAUAGUAAAAAAAAAAAUAAAUAAUAAAGUAAUAUAAUAUAUAAAAUAUAAAGAAAACACAACACUUUUAUUUUCUUUGUUUCUAAAUUGAGUUUAUCAGAGGUAAAAUGCAAACAUAAAUGCAUUAUUAUUAUAGUUAUAUAUGUUUGAACAAAAUGUUAUUUCAUGCAAAGUGAUAAUAUAUUUGUACUUUUAUUAGAUGUUUUAUUUAGGUUCCAUGUGUGAAAGAUUUUAAUGCUGUUAUAUGAAGUUACGGUUUUAAAAUGUAAUGUUAUUUCAAUAAAUUUGAACAGUUAAACUUAAAGCCCAGUUUAUUACAAUUUUGUUGGGGAUGAUUUGGGACAGGUGGGGCUUACAACCCUUCCAUACCUCCAAAGUGGGGAAUGACAGAAAAAGUUUAGGAAACACUGGGUUAAGGGAAAGAAGUGGGGGAGAAGGAACAAAUGUGAAGGAAAGACAGGACAGAAAAGAUCUUUACCAUGUCAUCACUUAGUUUUUUGUUAAAUGAUCAUGGUUAUUGGUAGAGAAGCUUCUGUUUGGUCAGCUCUGAGAGUAUUAUGGUGUGUUGUGUUCU